GGCAGUUGUUACCAGGGCAGGUAGCCAAUAUCGACUCUCAGUUCAUAGAGAGGCUGCAGGAUACCCUGCGCCUAUCAGAUGAAACUCUAUUGGCAUCUAAGCGAAAGCUACUCUUACAUAGAUGCUUUAAAGUAUGAGGGGAUGGAGGAUCGAUUCUAUUAUGUGGAGCUCGCCCACGCAACGACCCUUGAAUGGAUCCUUAAGGACGACCCUGGUCACGAUAAUGCAUCCGCGGGGGAUCUUAAUGAAAGAAAGAUGGACCGUUCAAAUCAUCAUCAGCUAACUACCUAUUUCAGAAACACGGUUCGAGAGCGUUUCACCAACUGGCUCCAAUAUGGAAAUGGAAUACCUAUUUCACAUAUCCGGUAAACCGGGAGCAGGGAAGUCGACGUUGAUGAAAUUCCUAUGUACCUAUGAAUCAGUUAACAAGACGCCACCUCGAGUACUGAUCAAACGGGAAAGUUCUCGUAUUCGCCAGGACUUUUUUUUCUGGAGGCUUGGUGGUGAGUGACACGCAAAAAAGUCUUAUUGGACUCAUUCGCUCUCUUCUUUAUCAAGUUCUUUCCACCGCCCCAGAUCUGAUCCCUAUUGCAUUUGCCUCUUUUCUCUGGGCACAAACCAACUCGUAUGGAAAUGGUGGGGUCCGACUGGAGCUGGGCGAAAUUGAACAUGCACUUGAGACUCUCCUAACGAGCGAGGCAACUUUCAAAAGGC